AUGGCAGUGUCAAUCCAUAUCCACUUUCGUCAGAACUGGCACAACCAUAUCCAGAGGAAAAAUGGGGCAGACAGAGAGAUAUUUCCAGAUUGUAUCAAAGAUCUUCAAGGGUUAAUAUGGCUUUGUGUAGGUGGCUGUCCAAAACUUGCAUCACUUUCAGAGCUCCCUCCCUCGCUCAGAACAUUGAAGGUUGAAGAUUGUGAAUCACUGGAGACACUAACAUCUUUUCCUAAUGACUCUCAAAUUGAGGAACUCUAUUUCCCCAACUGCUUUAAAUUAAGUGGAGAAGCACUGAGAGUAAUUACACAGCAACCAUUUCUCGAGAUAGCAUGUUUACCAGGAUGUGAAAUACCUGCAGAGUUUGAUCACCGAGCUCGAGGAAACUCCUUGACCAUCACUUCAUCUUUAGGCAGGUUUAGAGUUUGCCUUGUGGUUACCCCUAAACCGCAUACCAAAGUAGGUAAUGUUGAUUUAUUGUGUAGCAUGAGCUUAAACGGUUACCCCAUCACGGAAAACAGUGUUACGAAGCUCCCCUAUAUCCGAGGAGAACAUCUAUUUAUACUUCCGUAUGAACUGCUUGACGAGGACGGAUGGCUUGAACAAGACAACGAGAUAUUGUUCAAUUUCAGCACCUCAUCCCAGAAUGUCUAUGUUACUGGAUGUGGUGUCCAGAUUUUGUCGAACCAAAAUAGCAGGAAAAGAAGCAGUUGUGGCAUCUGUGAAUCUAGAUCAGAAAAAGUGUGUAAAGAUGAUGAUGAUGAAAGCCUCUCUGAUGCGAGAUAUGAGCAGGGACCGAUCUACUGUUCACAGAAUGGGGGAAAAGAGAUGCCUGCUGAGUUUGAUGAUCGUCGAGCAUUUGGAAGUUCCUUGACCAUCCGUCCGUCUAUCUGCAAGUUUAGGAUUUGCCUGGUGCUUUCCCCUAAACCGGAUAUGGAAGAAGCUUAUUUCACAUUACUGUUUCCCAUACGUGCAAAAGGUUGUCCCACUGAUGAAGACAUGCUUUGGUUAGAUCUCCCUAAAAUCCGAGGGGAACAUAUUUUUAUAUUUCACGCUGAGUUUGUUGAAAAUCACGAGGAGAUGUUGUUCAGAUUCAGUACCUCAUCCCAUGAAGUCGAAGUUGUUGAAUGCGGUGUCCAGGUCUUGACAGACCAAACCAACAGCAAAGGCAUAAUGAGCAAUAAAUCUUGUUCUGAGCAAGUGUCCGAAGACGGCCGUGAUAUUCUCUCUGAUCAUAAGAGCAAUGGAUUCUGA